AUGGAGCCCCCGCGCGCGCCCGCGCUGCGCCUCCUGCUGCCGCCGCUGCUGCUGCUGCUGCUGCCUCUGCCGCCCCGCGCCCGGGCCAAGUACGUGCGGGGCAACCUCAGCUCCAAGGAGGACUGGGUGUUCCUGACAAGAUUUUGUUUCCUUUCGGAUUAUGGCCGACUGGACUUCCGUUUUCGCUACCCGGAGGUCAAGUGCUGUCAGAACAUUUUGCUCUAUUUUGACGACCCAUCCCAGUGGCCGGCUGUGUACAAGGCAAAAGACAAGGACUGCAUGGCCAAGGAGUCGGUGAUCCGGCCGGAGAACAACCAAGUGAUCAAUCUCACCACCCAGUACGCCUGGUCAGGCUGUCAGGUGGUGUCAGAGGAGGGGACCCGCUACCUGAGCUGCUCCAGCGGCCGCAGCUUCCGCUCCGUGCGCGAAAGGUGGUGGUACAUAGCGCUCAGCAAGUGUGGGGGAGAUGGGUUGCAACUGGAGUACGAAAUGGUGCUCACCAACGGCAAGUCCUUCUGGACGCGGCACUUCUCGGCCGAUGAGUUCGGAAUUCUGGAGACAGAUGUCACCUUCCUCCUCAUCUUCAUCCUCAUCUUCUUCCUCUCCUGUUACUUUGGAUAUUUGCUGAAAGGUCGUCAGUUGCUCCACACAACUUAUAAAAUGUUCAUGGCUGCGGCGGGAGUGGAGGUCCUGAGCCUCCUGUUUUUCUGCAUCUACUGGGGCCAGUAUGCCACGGACGGCAUCGGCAACGAGAGCGUGAAGAUCCUGGCCAAGCUGCUCUUCUCCUCCAGUUUCCUCAUCUUCCUGCUCACGCUCAUCCUUCUGGGGAAGGGAUUCACGGUGACACGGGGCCGCAUCAGCCACUCGGGCUCCGUGAAGCUGUCCGUGUACAUGACCCUGUACACCCUCACCCACGUGGUGCUGCUCAUCUACGAGGCCGAGUUCUUUGAUCCAGGCCAGGUGCUGUAUACAUACGAAUCUCCGGCUGGUUACGGGCUCAUUGGGCUCCAGGUGGCGGCCUACGUGUGGUUCUGCUAUGCGGUGCUGGUCUCCCUGCGUCACUUCCCCGAGAAGCAGCCCUUUUACGUGCCCUUCUUUGCCGCCUACACUCUCUGGUUCUUCGCAGUUCCCGUCAUGGCCCUCAUUGCCAACUUUGGGAUCCCCAAGUGGGCGCGGGAGAAGAUCGUCAAUGGGAUCCAGCUGGGGAUCCACCUGUACGCCCACGGCGUGUUUCUGAUCAUGACCCGCCCAUCUGCGGCCAACAAGAACUUCCCUUACCACGUGCGCACGUCGCAGAUCGCCUCCGCGGGGGUCCCGGGAGGACCCGGCGGGAGCCAGCCCAGCGACAAGGCGUUCCCGCAGCACGUCUACGGAAACGUGACGUUCAUCAGCGACUCGGUGCCCAACUUCACGGAGCUCUUCUCCAUCCCCCCGCCCAGCUCCUCCGCCGGGAAGCAGAUGGAGGAGACCGCGGCGGCGGCGGCGGCGGCGGCCCCGAGGGGCCGCGUGGUGACCACGUCCGAGCCGGGCGCAGCCUCCCAGGCCCCUCCGCCCUACCAGCCUCUCGUGCCCGCGACGGCGGCUCCGCACCCGGGCUUCACGGAAUACUUCAGCAUGCACACGGCCGGGGGCCCCGUGCCCCGGCUCUGAGCAUCCUGGCCCGCGACCCCCUCCUCCUCCUCCUCCUCCUCCUGCUGCUGCUGCCCACUAAAAUGGGCAGCGCACUGGGCCUGGGCCCCCGCUGGGCUCCAGAAGCGCCCCAUCACCCAUCACCCCAGCUCUGGUCCCGGCCUUUAAGGCUCGGGCCGUGCCAGUCAGCACCCCCAAUGUCCCUCCUACAUCCCCCCCCCACACAAGGUGGGGUGCGCUGCGACCCUCCCCACCACCCCGCCCCCGUCCCCUCUCUCGUGCCAAAUGGGGCCCGCUGGAGCCGCUCUCCCCAUGCCCCCCCUUCAGCCCCUGCCCCGAAGGUCGCCGGAAUCUGGGCUCCCGCUGUUCCGUGAUCUCCGCCCCCCUGACCCCCUCCGGGACCUCUGACUCUUCCGGACCAGGAGAAGACCGAUGGGAAGCCCCAAGGCAGCCGGGGGACUGACUCUGCAGGACUCCCAGACCCUCCUCGAGCCUUGGCUCUCCCCGAUGGACGAUCCCAUCUGGAAGCUUGGUCAACACUCUGGAAACUUCCUCCCUUCCUGUGAUCUCGAACCUGCGUCUCCGUCCGCCACCUCCCCUCCUCCCCGUCUCUGCAUCCCAGGGGGCCUACUCUCGGGUCCCUGGCACAAAGACAUUUUCUCCUCUUGCCAAAAUAAAGAGGAUUCCUUCGGUUUUUA